UGGAGUCUUGAGUGGAGCUCCGGGAGUGAAGUUACCGGACGUAUAAUGGGAGCGGAGAGGUCCGAGGAGCCGGCGCCGCUGUACCGGGGGAGGUUUAUAGACCGGGCGCCCCAUGUCCGCUCUGCUGGAAAACUAUUCCCCACAGGAGAGAGAGCAGAAAGCUGUUUAGCUGAAGUUUACCGUAGGCCUGCUACUCCUCCUGUUGUGCAGAAGUUUCUUAAUUCAAGACGCCCCAAUCCAGGUGUGCGAACUGUUUUCUAUGGCAAAGCCAAUGACCCUAAGAAGGAAAACUACAUCAUUCAUGGUGUGAGCACCCGCCCUUCAUUAAGUGCUGGUUCACUAAUAAAUGUGCCAUUAAAAACUUUGUUCCAACAAAAAUUACUGGAGAAGAAAGAAUCUCUAUAUUCUAGUGCCAGGAGAACACCUCUUGGGAAAUCUCAUGAUCAAGCAGCAGCGUUCCCAGCUGAUAUCAACUUCAAUGAAUCUACAUUUGGGCGAAAAUAUCAACGCAGUUUAUCAGCAGGUGUUCUUAUAAAUCCUUCUAGAAGCUUGCGAGAAAUAGAGGAAGACUCGGGCAGAGGACAUGAUCUUUAUGUGGUUACACAUAACGAUUAUGACGUUGGGGAGAUAAGAAACAGAAAAUAUGACUGGACAAAAUAUAAAAAGGACACCAGGUUUGGAAUUGAGACGCCUCACUUUAAUGAUGGCCGAAAUGUUGCACGAAGCUUAAGGUGGCUUCAGGAAAUGAAAAAGAAUGAAGCAGCUAACAUAGUUUCAAAAAGAGUCGAUGAUUUCCGGGAACGUUCACAGCAUCAACUUGGGAAGGUUCUGGACCCGAUCGCAGACAGUUUGAAAGUUCCUGCUGAUCAUACUUUUGGGAUUCUGCUUCGACCUGAAAAAUAUGGAGUUGGAGAUGUUCUUCACUACAGAGCCCCCAAAGAUUUUCUGCGUGGUAAAGAGAAGCAAAGGGCCAUACUGGCAACUGUUCAGCAACACUUGAAGAAAGCAAAUCAUCAACAUUUUACAUCAUUAUUGGAAGCUUUCAGGCAUUAUGACAAGAAUGGUGAUGGAAAAAUCGAUAAGGAUGAUUUGAAAAAGACCUGUGACCAGUUUGGUCUUGAUUUGGACCCUGUUCUCUUGGACUCCUUAAUAGAAUAUUGUGAUGUAGACAAAGAUGGUUUGAUAAGCUUCAUAGAGUUUGCAAACUUCCUGAACUGGAAAGAUAAAAUGUCAAUUGGAAGUGAAGUUUCACCUGAAGGUCAACUGAAACCUGAAGAUCUCAUGUUGGAAGAAGGGGCAUCAGAGAAGAUACUCCGGACUCUUUCAAGGGGAAACCAAGCUCCUGAAUUUUACGAGACCUCAUCUUCUAGGAUAAAUUCAGCGGUUGGACAUCUAAGUUCUUCUUAUAUUCAGACUUAUGGCAUACCUACUAUUCGGACAGAUCUUGCACCUCCUAGACUUCGCAGGAUCAGUGAUAGAACUAAUUAUGGGGAUGAGUCAAAUGCAUUUGGAUUGCUGUGUCCAUCCAUCUUUACUCAACACAUGGUCUAUGAAUGUGAUAUGUUUAAAUCAAGACCAAAGGAAGAGAUUGCACGCAUUCUACAUAAUAUUGGUGUUAAUAUUCCAGAUAACACUUUUGAAGAGCUGUGGAAAUUCGCUGAAAAGAGACAUCCAAAAGGAGAAGUUUCUGUUGAGACGAUGAGAAGUGUUUUAGAUGAUGUGCAGUCAAACACCAAAUUAUACUCAGUGGCUUGAAUAGCAGUUUAGUUAAAUGCAUA